GAAAAAUUGAAAGAGAGAGACACAGCGACUCGGACCCCACCCUUUCGAAAUAAAAAUACUCGAGAUUCCUCCUUAGCUUGGCUCUCUCGCUCUCUCUCUCUCUCUGCACAAAGGUUGCGGGCUUCAGCUGUUUGACAUAUUUCAUACAUAUAUAGGAAAAAUGAUUAGGCUAUUUAAAGUGAAGGAAAAGCAAAGGGAACUUGCAGAGAGUGCUAAUGGAAAGACACCUAUCAAGAAGCAAAGUGCAGGAGAAUUACGUCUUCACAAAGAUAUCAGUGAACUGAACCUACCGAAAUCUUGUAGCAUAUCUUUCCCCAGUGGCAAGGAUGACUUGAUGAACUUCGAGGUUACCAUUCGGCCUGAUGAAGGAUAUUAUUUAGGUGGCACAUUUUUGUUCUCUUUCCAAGUUUCACCUAUUUACCCUCAUGAAGCACCAAAGGUCAAGUGCAAGACAAAGGUGUACCAUCCUAAUAUUGACUUGGAAGGAAAUGUCUGCCUCAACAUUCUAAGAGAAGACUGGAAACCUGUUUUAAAUAUAAACACUAUAAUAUAUGGCCUAUUUCAUCUUUAUACGGAGCCCAAUAGUGAAGAUCCACUCAAUCAUGAUGCAGCUGCAGUUUUAAGAGACCACCCAAAGUUGUUUGAAUCCAAUGUGCGUAGGGCAAUGGCUGGUGGGUAUGUCGGACAGACCCUGUUCCCGCGUUGCAUAUAGCAGCCAUUUGUGAUUGCUAAGCACUGAGUUCAUUGCUCGAAGGUUCAAGGGCUGUAAAUUUUGUUGCAGGACUUCCUAGGGUGGUGCUGUUUUGGGCAUGAAUUCUUCAAAAUGUAGAAGCCCACUGGGAGAUGUUUGUAUUCUGUGUAACUUAGUGACAUGUUUGAGAUAUUGGUUGGGGACGUUCGAUUUUCUUUAUUUGGACGUGAAUCAUCUGCAUGAGACUUUAGUUA